GGCCUGUGGAAAGGAAGGUGCUUGUGAAUCUUCAAAAGUUAGAUGUGGCUCAGGAUAGUCUGGGCAGCCAUGGUUUCUUCACUUUGAUUUACAAUCAAGGCUUUGAAAUUGUGCUAAAUGACUACAAGUGGUUUGCAUUUUUUAAGUACAAAAAGGAGGGCCAGAAUGUGACCAGCUACUGCAAUGAGACUCUACCAGGAUGGGUCCAUGAUGUCCUUGGCCACAAUUGGGCUUGUUUCAUCGGGCAGAAGAUUUCUUCAUCUCCCUCAGAUGUUCAUGUAAACGAGCUACCCCUACAGAAGCCCAGGGGAAGACUUUCAAGCAGACGUUAUGUGCACAACGCUGACUUUGUAAAUGCUAUCAAUGCUCACCAGAAGUCCUGGAGAGCUACAAGAUACAAGGAGUAUGACAACUUUGCCCUGGAAGAGCUAACUAGAAGAGCUGGGGGUAUCUAUUCCAGAGCUCCAAGACCAAAGCCUGCACCUCUAACGCCUGAGUUACUCAAAAAGGUUUCAAGCUUGCCAGAAUCCUGGGACUGGAGAAAUGUGAAUGGUGUCAAUUAUGUCAGCCCGGUUCGGAAUCAAGCCUCUUGUGGCAGCUGUUACGCAUUUUCCUCCAUGGGAAUGUUGGAAGCAAGGAUACGUCUCCUGACGAACAACACCCAGAAACCCAUCUUUAGUCCCCAGCAGGUUGUGUCUUGCAGCCAGUAUUCUCAGGGUUGUGAUGGUGGCUUCCCAUACCUUAUUGCUGGCAAGUAUGUCCAAGACUUCGGUGUGGUGGAGGAGGACUGCUUCCCUUACACAGCCCAAGAUUCUCCGUGCAAUUUCAAGCGUAGCUGCUACCACUACUAUACCUCUGAGUACCACUACGUUGGUGGUUUCUAUGGAGGCUGCAAUGAAGCCCUGAUGAAACUCGAGCUUGUUCUGCAUGGCCCGAUGGCUGUUGCCUUUGAGGUUUAUAACGAUUUCAUGCUUUAUAAAGAGGGAAUCUACCAUCACACCGGGCUGCGGGAUGACUUCAACCCUUUUGAGUUGACCAAUCACGCUGUCUUGCUGGUGGGCUAUGGUACAGACCCACAAAGCGGGGAGAAGUUCUGGAUUGUGAAGAACAGCUGGGGCACCUCGUGGGGAGAAGACGGCUACUUCCGAAUCCGCCGCGGCACCGACGAAUGCGCCAUCGAAAGCAUUGCAGUGGCUGCGACUCCUAUUCCAAAACUAUAAACGCAUAGGUCUUCGAGUGCC